GUGCAUGCUGCACACUAUCACAUAGGACACUUGGACAAGUCUGGUGACACCAGAGUUUGAAGUAUUUGUACUCUCUGUCAUCGCCCCAUGUGGAAGCAAAGACCCUAACACCUACCCACAAAAGAGCUACGUUGGUCAGUGACACACGCUCAAGAAGUGAUGGAACCGGCAUAUGUGUGGUGUAGUGGUUAGGCCCUUUGACGUCGUUAGCAAAAGACCUCAGGUUGAUUCCCUUGUGGAGAGAGUUUUCAUCGAGUAGCUCGGUCUUUCUGUUUGGACGUUGUGUCCCCCUUAGCCAGGGUUAGCCCUGACAGGCAGGGUCAAACUUGUCUCGUAAAUGACCUAAACUGUGUCAAUGUAGGCGUAAAUACAUCUACAUUGAAAGAAAAAAGAACCCGGCUGAAUCCCAACAACUUCCUAAAAAAAAGAACAUCGUUAACUUGGCCGUGUUAGCGUCUGUAGACAUCCCAACGAGAGGUCUGAAGGGGACGUAAAACCCAGCGAGCACAACAUGCCGCCCCGCGGUGGUGCUCCCGCCAAACACGUGAGCGCCCAGCUAGAGGGCCAGGCGAGCCCAGUUCGAAGACCACGGACCAGUCCUGGGUUUCUCCUCACCGGCUCCAGGAAGCUCUCGGUACAGCAGGCAGUCAGCCAUGACGACGAGCCUUAUGCUGAGGAAGAGGAGGUGUCGCCAGAAAUCGUGCGUCUGCGAGAAGAGGCCGCGGAGAUCAUCAAACAAGGACUAGCUUACAACGAGGACGGCUACGACAAUGGGGCGAAGGAUAAGAAAAACCCUGGGGCCUCUGGUCACACCUCCAACCAUGUGCUCAACGGGCUCUUCGUGAGACACGACUCCGAGUUUCCGUCUUCACACGCGCAUGCGCAAAAUGGCGGUGCGCAAGACGGGAAGAACCGGCACCAUCAAAACAACAACAACCUCAACAACAGUCAGCAGCAACAGCAACAGCAACAACAGCAGCAUAACCCAAUGCUGGCGACGUUCGGGGGCAGUCAUCUCUCAGAUACUCUAGGACAGUCCUCUCUAGACGCAAAACUUCAAUUCUGUUGA